UAUCUAUUGUUAAUAAUUUUUACUGAGGUGAGCCUGAGCAAGCUAGAUGACAUUCCAGGGACCAGGGUUUCUCACAGGAUGUGGUUUAGUGCUCAACUGCACAUGCAGCUGAGCUAGUGAAAUAAAUGGCAACUAUUAAAUGGCAGCAAGUGUUAAGCUUACUGGCAUCAGCAAGGAAAGCAGAUAUCAACAAGGAAAGCAGAUAUCAACCAUGUACAUGUGUAAUGCUUUAUACUUGCUUAGGCUCGCCCUUUAAUGUGUUGCAUGUACAUUUAUCUAUUUUCAAUUUUCUUUAUUUAUUAGCCAUCAAAUAUAUUAUUUGCUAUGAAUGAUAGCAUUAAAGUUGGUGAUUUUGGCUUGGUGAAACAAAAUGCAGCAAUUAAGCACAGUGCUCCCCAAACUGAUGUUCAGGGUAGUCAUACUAGUGAGAUCGGAACUUCAUUUUAUGUCAGCCCAGAGCAGGAAGCUGGUCAUCGGUAUAAUGAAAGGGCUGAUGUUUAUUCACUUGGAAUAAUUUUAUUUGAACUUUACUUUCCUUUUAGCACACGAAUGGAAAGGGUUAAAGUUUUAGAAGAUGUAAAGAAUAACAGAAGACUUCCAAAGGAAUUUAAAGAAAAUCUUCAUAAUGAAGCAAAACUUGUGGAGCUGAUGUUAAAGCCUAUUUCUGACAGGCCAUCUUCAAGUGAGAUAAAAGAAAUCAAUGCAUUCAAGCAAAUGAAAGACCAAGCCGAGCUAAAUCGUGAUUUUAUGUUGUUAAAAUUUUAAAUUUAAACAAUUAUUAUUAUUAUUAUUAUUACUGUUAUAUUGAAUUGUUCAUAGAUUCGUAUCUAUGGAUUGUUAUUAUAUAUUAUUAAUAUUAUAGUAGAUUGUUACGAUUAUUAUUAUUAUUAUUAUUAUUACUAUUAUAUUAGAUUGUACAUAGAUCCAUAUCUAUGGAUUGUUAUAAUAAUAAUAAUUAUAGUAGAUUGUUAUGAUUAUUUUCUAUUGUUCUCUGAUUACAAUGACAAUUACAUUA